AACGUCGUCGGGAAUUGUCGCGCACAACACUGUGGACGGUAGUUUCCUCCACGGAUUUCAAAUAUAAAGGAACGGUUGCAUGUGCUGGUUUUUAGUCACCGCCGUUGACAAUUUCGCGAACCCGCUGGUAGGAUUUACAUUUGGUGUUUUGGUUUUUUUUUGCUAUGAAAAAAUGCAAAAGCAGCACAAUCGAAUACGAAAAUCUCGAAAACGUUCGAUGUGUACUCGUUUAUGCCGAAAAUUUGUUAAUUUGUAUGCUUCAAAAAUGUGGGCGCUUGCAAUGCGCUGUUGUAUGCCUAUUUGCGCUGUUUGUGCGAUGUGUUUGUAGCCGCCGUUCGCCCGGAGUUAUUUCCUUGAAUACGCUGGCGAAAUAGCAAAAAAGAAACAACAAAGCAAGAAAUUGGCCGCAUAUUUCCGCACUGCUUGCAACGCGAUACCCUUCAAUAGCCAGUGGACGCACACAACCAAAUAUACCCACACAUCUACAUAUGUACAAAUGUAUGUACAUAUAUAUAUACAUAUCCACUCUUCACAUUAACAUGCGCACGCGAUUUAAAAUAAAUUUUAUGUAAAUAAAAAUUUCGCAAAUAACGACUUUUGGGUGAACGUCGAGCAUAUGUAAAGAAGUAUGUAGUUACAGUGUUGCAAAAGCUGAGAUGUGCAGUGAUUGAAUGUUAUCAUUAUUAUUGCCGCAGUGCAUUUUAAACCGAAAAAGGCAAUACAAGUGAAGGCAAUUGCAUUUAAAACAAAUGAUUGAAAGCAUGAAUUGCACAAAUAAAAAUUAAAAAAGUUAUUACAGUAAAAAACAAAAAUAGAUACUCACAGAUACGAAUGUGAGCGGUAAAAUUUGCAAGCAACAAACUACAGAGUACAUACAUACCUGCCAGUCUCAGGCACGAAUUUGGGUAUCCACUUCGACAGAGCUCUCCGUACUGAGGUCUAUCAGAAUGUGAUUGAAUUCGGCGAAAAAUUCCGAAGACACCGACAACCUCCCAUUGUUGACAUACACUACACCUGCAUAAUGUUAAAGCACGCCUCGAAUACCGGUGGAGGAGGAGGAGGGGGACCUGCCAAUGGUCAAUUGCGAAAUAACCCGAGCAACAGCAAUGCCACGUCCGCGGUCAACCGCAGCAUACAUCUGCGACCACAGCAGCCGCUUAAUAUCUCGACGCUAAGUACCACACAGAACGCUUUGCAAACGUCCAGCACUUCGGUGACGGCAAAUGGAGGUCAACGCAUACCAACCCUAUUGAAUAUCGCCUCAACACCGAUAGCAAGUGGCGCUGCGAAUACCAAUGUGGCGGUAACACCAUUGUCGCCGAACGCCGGCAAUGCGACAGCAACACGGACGUCAACGACGCCCGUAACGCCGCUUACACCGAAUGGCAUCGGCAAUAAUUUGCACACCUACACAAAUCAGCACAUUUUGGCUAGCAACAACUACACCAACAAUAAUAAUAAUACUCUUAACAACACCACCGCCACCGCUACCGGCACAAUAAACAACAAUAUCAAUAACAAUAAUCAUAAUCACAAUGCUGCGCACUAUAAUAAUCAUAAUUAUAGCAAUUGCCAUAAUCUGACUGCUGGUGCGUUGAUAAAUCAAUCGAAGCAUGGACCUGGACCACGUGAGGCGCUGACCAGCUUGGGGCUGCUGUGCUUAGUUUCCCUGCUAUUAGCUUUAUUGUCGUUGAUUUUUCUGUUGAAAAUUUCACCAAACGCUCGCGAAGAUGCUUUGACGCGCAGUUCAGCUGAGGACUUUGUAAUUGUGUACGAUGUGACAUUAGCGCUUUGUGCACUAUCGCUGUCGCUGAAUCUGUGCUGCCUGUUGGUGUGUGCGAUACAGUUUCUGUUCGCUGUGAAAUUGGUGCGAUCACCAAUGUUCGAUGGCAGAGACAACAAAUACUUGGAAAAAUCAAGUGCGAGUCGCACCUGUGCAGUUGGCGGUUUUUUCAUAUCCAUACCAAUUUUUCUCACUGGUAUUAUCCUAUACACAUUCAACCAUUUUCAUUCGACACCUGCCAUUAUAACCAGCGUACUUAUUGGCAUUGGCAUCGUCUUUUGCGGCGGCGCUAUGGUUCAUAAUGUUUUUAUUUGGCAAAAGGAAAAAACGAUUAGCUAUCGCAGCCCACCACUUAACAUGUCAAUGCUGUCGCAUAUUGGACCCAUAACACCGCCUGCACAAUUUCUUAGCCCUCAUCAUCCCCAUCACUUUUUUAAUUAUGCGCCACAAGCGUAUGCACACACGCUCAAUACAAAUGCACAGCCGCAGUCACAAACCCUAACACAAUUUGGAGCAGUAUCGGCACUACAUCCGACUUCUGUUACGCCGACCUCGCCGAAUCAUUCACACGGCAGCUUCAAUGCCCUACUCUCGACCGGUGCGCUAAACUCAUCAUUUCUACUACGUCCAUCAACGGCGACACCACCCACGCCAAAGCCGCUACCGCCGCCGCCACAAUUGUCCAACGGUGGUGGUGGUUGUUUGACGUUGAGUGCGCGUGAGGCUAGCGGCUCAGUCAGCCCGGGUAUACCAGGUACGCUCGACAUGAGCAAUAUCACAAGCCCAUCGCUGCAUGAACUAUCGACGCUAGUGUAGGCGGUAGAAUUGUUUUUUCAACACAUUUUGGUGCACCUUUUACAUUUUCUUAAUUAUAUUUUAAACAAAAUUCACUCACAAGCACUAUGCAAAACACUUCUAACUGAUAAAUAACAGACAACCGGAAAUGGAAGUUGUGUGAGUUGUUAUCGAUAAAUGUAAAGUGUAAAACGGUAUAAAAUCGAUGGAAAAAACUUAACGCACGCUAUUCAACGAUUUUUUGAAAUACAUAUGUACAUAUGUACAUAUAUGUUACUAGAAAAAUGCGGAGAAUUGUAAAUAGCUAUUAUAUAUAUUUUUUAGGUGACAAAUGUGUAUUUUUAUGCUUAAUUCUUGUUAUAAGUGCAUGUCUAUUUAAUUAAGGAAGGAAAAAAUUCGCCUAAACUAAUUGAGCUGAGGUUCGUAAGCUGCUUCCGCUAUUUUACGUUGUACCUAACCACUGGCUCAAUUUGGUGAAUACCAAUAUGUAUUAAAAAUUGUCAGGUUAUUUCAACCAUUUUGUGUGUAUGUAAUGUUUGUCUUGCAUAGCAAAAAACACAUUAGUUGUGUUUGUUUACAAAUUAUCCAGUAACUUGCCAGCGACUCUCCAGUAACUUAAUUUCUGAGAAUUCGCUCUCAUAGAAAAAAUAUCACGUUUAUCGUUACCUUAAAUCACACAUGUAGGGCGUAACCAAAACUUUUUUCGAAGCUGCGUUUUUCACAGAUUAAGGUAAGAUAUAUUAAAAUACACCUUCAAUAAAAACUUUAAAAUGUUAGUACCAAAAAAAAACGAAGUUACAUGCCACUUUUUAAAAAGCCCUACCUGUUUUUGAUGCUUUUUCACCGACUUACAUAAAGGAUUUUCGUCGGAUUUUUUUUUUUUUAAUGUA